AUCUGUUCUAUUUUACUGUUUUGAUUCCUAACUGUCUCAGUUAGCUCCGUUAUUUGCUGGGCCUGGCUUUCGAUGAUCAGGGUCUGGCGCUGGAUGGUUCUGUCCUUUUCAUCUGCUACAGUUGCUGGUGUCAUCAAUUCCUUUGAUUUCUUGGUAAUUUCUGUUCUCUCCUUCUGGCUGGGUCCAUUCAUCAUCGGGGACGCUGGGGGAUCAUUACUUUGACCUCCAGAGUCUAUCUCCAUGUUUUUAAAUCGGGUUUUCUAUUGAAAAACUUGAAAACUUUCACGAGCAAAAAUUUGACGUAUUGUCAAUUACCAUGUCACUCAUUUCCAUUCGCUGUCGAAUUACAA